CGCGUGGCACCCGCGGUGCACCAGAGAUUCCCUUCCCCCCUCCCGGCUCCGAAGCGGCGAUGGCGACGUCCGGGGGGCUGGUGGCCUGGUGCAUGGAGCAGCUCCGCGGCGUCUUCGGGCUCGAUGUCGGCGAGGAGCUCGUCCAAUACAUCUUAUGUAUUGAGAAUGAGGAGGAGAUCCGGGAGUAUGUUGCUGACCUUGUCCAGGGAACAGAUGGCAGGAAGAAGCAGUUUGUGGAGGAGCUGGUAGCCAGAUGGCAAAGAUCCUGCCAGACCACGACAUCUGACCCAUUGCCGCUUUAUCGGAAAAAAGAAGAUACGUCAGAGGGUCCUCGGUCAGGAGACCAGGCCAAGAGGGGACGACGCAAAGGGAGGAACAAGCAGGAAGCCCUUGUUCACAUUGAAACCGACCAGCCGACAGAAGAAGUGAAAACUCCUCUUGAUUUAGCCAAGGCCCAAGAGAUGAACAGCAGCGGCAACACUUCCUCCAAGAAGAAGGCCAAAUACGUCAACUUGUACACGAAGGAAGGGCAAGACAAACUGGCUGUCAUGCUCCCCGGGCGCCACCCCUGCGAGUGUCUGGCCCAGAAGCACAAACUCCUCAACAACUGCCUGACGUGCGGGCGCAUCGUCUGCGAACAAGAGGGCUCCGGUCCCUGCUUGUUCUGUGGCACUCUGGUGUGCACAAAAGAGGAACAGGACAUCCUGCAGCGCGACUCCAACAAGAGCCAGAAGCUUCUGAAGAAACUCCUUGGAGGCUCUGAGAGUUCCGGGAAGGUGGAAGUCAGCAGCAGGGACUUACUCCCCCGUCAAGAGGCCCGGCUCAAGGCCGGGCUGGAGGGGGCUGUGAAACACAAGGACAAAUUGCUGGAGUUUGACAAAACAAGCGUGCGCCGGACUCAUGUGAUCGAUGACGAGUCGGACUAUUUUGCGGGGGACUCCAACCAGUGGCUGUCCAAGCAGGAGCGGGAGGCCCUGGAGAAGAGGGAAAGGGAGCUGCGGGAGCUGCGGCACGCCUCCCGGCUCUCCAGGAAAGUCACCCUCGACUUUGCCGGCCGGCAGAUCCUGGAGGAGCAAGACAGCUUGGCGGAAUAUCACAGCAAGUUGGAUGAAACAAUCGAAGCUCUUCACAGCGGCACCUUGACGGAGAGGACGCGGAGCUCCGAAGGGGAGCCUGGCAAAUCUGGAGUCCUGGUGAAUCCAAACCUUCUCCAGCCGGCCCCCGUGUGGGUGGAACAGACUGGCUUGCUCAACCACAGGAAACCUGGCCCGGAAACCAGGAGUGAGGCCAACUCAGAAAGGAGCCGCUUGCGGAUCCAGGAUCGAGAGAUCCAGGAAAUCUCAGAUGGCGGCCAGUGUCUGAGCAUGCAUCAGCCUUGGGCCUCGUUGCUGGUCAAAGGGAUCAAACGGGUAGAAGGCAGGACUUGGUACACGGCCCUCCGGGGCCGGCUGUGGAUCGCCGCUACAGCCAAAAGACCUUCCCCUCAGGAGAUCUCAGAAGUGGAGACCAGCUACAAAAUAUUGCUUCAGAAAGAUUUGGAAUUCCCCAAAGAUUAUCCCUCCGGCUGCCUGCUUGGCUGCGUGGACUUGAUUGACUGCUUGUCACAGGAGCAGUUCCGCGAGCAGUACCCACAACUGAGCCAGGAAUCGGCUUCCCCGUUCGCCUUUAUCUGCUCGAAUCCUCAGGAGAUGGUCGUCAAGUUCCCCGUCAAAGGCAAACACAAAAUCUGGAAGCUGGAUCCAAAGGUUCACCAGGGAGCGAAGAAGGGGUUAAUGAAGCAGAAAGCAGCCGCAGGAGCCAUGGGGUUGGAGCCCUGACUCCCCUGCAACCUUGUGGAAGGACUGAUCUUGGGGCCGAUUGUUGCCGCUGCAGGAGCUGAGGCCCGGAGGACAUGCACAGGGUAGGGAGGGGUGGGGAUUAUGGCAGACAGGUGGAGGGAAAGGAAAGGGAAACGUGGUUCAUAGCGUACUAGAACAAAAACGAUAAUUAAAGAGAGGGACGAGGGGCCAAGCCGAGGGUGCCCUUUUGCGAGGAGGGUAAAAUUACAUGCAGCCGCUCCCCCCGCAGUUGGCUGACUUUUAGGUCUGGCCAGAGCUGUGCCAGAGGUUCCGAUUGUCUCCCCCUGUCUCGGAGCCAAGCGUCUGUUGGCGCAGUUUUGUGCCUGGCAUGAUUUCCGGCUUGGCGUGCUGCCGAGGAGUCGGAUUGCGGCAUCGGAACGUUCUGCCUGUUGGAGCACCUGGACGGGGGAACGGGGAGGAUGUGCCGUCCAAGCCGGCGGCGCAUCUUGCGUGGCUGAUAAAACUGGCUCCCAGAGUUGGGUCAAAGGGCCCGUUCUGCGUCACCCCUUUGAUUAAUUUCCAAGCUAAUGACAGGGUAAAGAGGACAGGGGUAGAGUCUGGUCGGCCUCCAGUUCUCUGCUUCCAUGGUUUCUUCAGCCAACAUGUCUGAACAUCACCACUUUGUUUACUAUUAAAGAUGUAUACACUCAAGCGAACUGGCCAGCCAAACGGUGUAACCGGUUCCCAGUCAACUGGAUACGUGGGUAUAAAAUCCCACAAAUUACAACCAGAAUAAAAAUUAUUCCCUGUUGCCUUUAA